AUGGGGAGCAGUAGCGUCGCGUCUGAGGAGAGCAUAACACAGACGAUUCCACCAGCAGCCGCCGCCGACGGCGGCAACGGCGGAGGCGGCGUGGGAGGGGGAAAGCACCACCACCACUUCCAGAUCCACUUCCCGCACCUGGAUCUGUUCGGCGGCGGCGGGGCGGCGAAGAAGGGGAGGGUGGCGGUUAUGGUGGGGGAGGAAGGGGAGGAGCAGCAGAGGUUCGUGGUUCCGGUGAUCUACAUCAACCACCCGCUGUUCCUGAGGCUGCUGAAAUCGGCGGAGGAGGAGUUCGAUUUCCACUACCACAAAGGGCCGAUCACCAUCCCCUGCCACGUGGAGGAGUUCCGCAACAUCCAGGGCUUGAUCGACCGGGAAACCAACAACAACAACCUCCACCAUCAUCACGGCCACCACCACAGCCAGCUCUCGUGCUUUAGGGUUUGA